AUGACUAAGAAAGGUGGAGUUCAACAGCUGCAAACAGAAAUUUGCAAUGACGAUGAUCUUGAUAAGUUUCUUGAGAGAGAUGGCAUCAUAGUUCUCGAUGUGUACUCUGAAUGGGCUGGGCCAUGUGUUGGAAUGAUUGGUUACCUUAAGAAGGCAAAACUUGAAAUUGGAGGUGAUUUCUUACAUCUUGCUGUUUGCAAAUCUGACACAAUAGAAAAAUUGAAAAGAUUUCGUAAUCGUUCUGAACCAACUUGGCUGUUUUGUAGCAAUCACAAAAUUGUCAACAUGUUACUUGGCUGUAACGUUCCACGAUUAAUGGCGAUUAUCAUUCAGGAAUUAAAAUUUGAAGAACAAUUUAAAGCUGGUGAGUUUGAAAGGACAUUUUACGACUUUGAACAACUUCUUCCUGAAGAAGAAGAACGUGAAGCUUUAUUGAGAACAAUUGAAGAAGAAACUGAUCGAAUUGAAGCUGAACAAGCGAUUCAACAAAGAAAGGAAUACAUUCAGUUUGUAACUGAUGAGAUUAUAAAACAUGUCAUCGAUAUGGGAAUUAUGUUGUUCUUUCCUCAUGUUAUGAAGGAUGCUUACAGAAAGUCGACAGAUGUUUCUGAUAAAAUGGAAUUGAGUUGCAAAGAUCGAAAAAUGAUUCGAAUCAAACCUGAAAUGAUGGAAAUUUUACAAUUUGAGAUUGAAAAUCCCUUGGAUGAAGAAGUUAUCGAAUAUUUAUACACAAAAGAAAUUUUAAUUUUCUUGAUGAAACUUGGAGAAACUGACACGAGAGCGCCAGAAGAAGUUUUAAAAAUAUUUUACAAAGCAAUUGCUGAACCAAACAUUGUUUAUUAUGAUGAGACUGGAGAGAAAAUUAUCCAUUCAAGCCCAGCAAUUCUUGAGCCAAUUGAGUUCGUGCCUGGCCACGAGCCAGUCUUUGUUGAAAAACCUCUGCUAAGAAAGGGCAAACAACAAGCAGCUCAAGCUCCACAAGUUGUUAUUCCCAUUGACGAAGCCACAGGUUUACCAAUGAAACUCAUGAAAGUUCCGCCUUGUUGGACUCCAUUUAAUAAAAGGGGAAACGCUGCUUACAUUUACAUAUUCUUUAGAAAUUACACUGAACAUUUCCUUCCACCCGAUCCUGAAAUGGUUCCGCAACAUUUGUUAUUUAUUUUCGAUGCUUACAAACGUCAAAAUAUUUUCGAUGCUUUUAAACCAGUCAGCAGUGACGUUUUAGCUUUCGGUUACUUCUCAUCGGAAAUUAUCACGAGCUGCACUUUAUUGGCAAAAAUCACUGACAAAUAUGAGUUGCUGAAGCCAACAGUUAAUGAUAAGUUGAUGUUGAAGGUUGCUAAGAAGCGAAGUGACAUUGUAAAACGACUGAAACUUUUAGGUCCAUGUUAUGUCAGUAAAAAUACUGUCGAUGGAAAAGCGGAUUGUGAAAAACUUUUCCCACCUGACUACAACGUUGAAGAAGAAGAGCCUGAAAAUGAAAGUUGCGGAAACGAAGGUAAAAAGAAGAAGAAAAAGCGUCGUAAGAAGCGUGAAAAAGUUGAAGGUGAUGCUGAUCAAAGCACAACAACUGAACAGAUGUCGGCACAAGAUUCAGAAGAUACUCUUGAUGAUCUAAGCCCAGACGAAGAAGAACUCAAUCAUGAUGGAAAGGAAGGUGAAGGAAACGAAGCACCCCCGCCAAGUCCAAAUCAUUAA